AUGCUAUUAACAGUAUUUUUUUACUUAAAUGAAAUAUUAAGUGACAACAUUCAGAUAUAUACAAAUGAAUUUGAUAAGUUAAUAGUAAAUAAUACAAUAAUUGAAUCCAAUAAUUGUAUUAAUUACAAUUCUAUUAAAAUAUCAUUUAAAGGCUAUACAUUAUAUUCAUUAAUUGAGAAAGAGUUAAUGGUUUAUGAAUUAAUUGAUGAAACAGUUUAUUUCAGUGAAAGACCAAUUAGUGAUGUUGAUAUUGUUUAUGAGAUGAAAUAUUAUGGAUUAACUUUACAUUAUUGGUCGUUUGUUUUUUUUAUAAUGUUAUGUUCAUCAGUAACAUUGUGUUGUGGAGAAAAACUAAUAGAAAUUUUAUCCAAUUUCAUAUAA